AAUAAGUGCCAGACGGAAGUAGCACGAAGUCAGCUUGCUGCUUUCGAUUUCGCAUAGAGAUAUUUCCUACUUUUACGUGUUUAUAUUAAUCCUGGAAAUCAUGGGUUGACUUUACUUUCUCAUUCAGCGUAUCACUGUGUAGCGUGCACGUAAAAUAAUGAAGAUUGACACUGCUUUCUUCAUGUCUCUUGGAUUUCCCAUUGCUGUUUAUUUUCUGCAUGAAUUCUUCAGAUUCCUCAAGGUAAGCUAUGAACAACGAUCCCAUAUUGCACAUAUCAACUUUUUAACAUUUCUGAAGAUAAGGGCGUCAUCUUCAAUCCACUACGUUUAGUCUUAGUUUGAAAUAGAUUCUUGAGCAUUUUUGAAAACAGCACGGUGAAAGCAUCAAUAAUUUAUUGUAAUGGUCCCUAAAAAUUUCGCUGUGGCUAUAUGGCCGGUAACCGGUCAAGGUUUUCAAAAUACUAAAUGACCGGCAGUCCUGUCUUUUCAUCAGAUUUCACAAAUCGAACAAAUCCAGCUAAACCAAACUAUCAUACGUCGAUUAAGAAAACUCAAGCAAUCCUGAAAUGCUUUAUAGAUCUCAAAAAUAGCGUUUGGUUCACGCUGGGCUCAGAAGACGAAAGCAUGGUUUGACCCUUUCUUCAGUUCGACUGCUGGUCAAGGUUUUCAAAACACUAAAUGACCGGCAGUCCUAUAUUUUCAUUUUCUGAGCCCAGCGUAAACCAAACGCUAGACUGACUUUUCUUUAUUGACAUUUGACAGUUUAGUUUAGCUGGAUUUUUUCGAUUUUUGAAAUCUAUGGAGAAUAUAGGACUGCCGGUCAUUUAGUGUUUUCAAUAGGGACCUUAAGCAUCACGUUUUUCAUGGGGUCAUGUUUGCAGUUUGCAGUUCACGUUUGAACUGCGGGAAGGGCUUCCAGCGGUAAGUGAUUUAUGGCAAGGUUUUUUGCCACAAAAAAUUGUACAGCCUCGCGUUUAAAGGUAUGAACUAGCUUUUUAUAUCCGUUUGCGAUGUGUUUGUUGGAUUUUUGAUCUCGAAUCAAUGAAUUAUUGCUGAGUUUUGGGCGAUUAAAGUGAUGCACUUCGACUUGAUGAAAACAACAUGGCGGCUCUAAACAUUGAACACGUAGUUCAAAUCAAUUUUAUAUUCGUUUCUGCCGUACUAACAAAGGAAAGUAUUCUGUUCCAAUCCAGUGUUACAUUUUUUUUCUAUCUUGUUACUGAAUUCAUAACUUAACUCAGUCUCUGUUUAGUUCCUAUUUUUAAAGUAUCACUCUGUGAAUUUUCGUUUUAUUUUGCUUAUUUCUUUGAGACUGGGGAGUCCAGGCUUCAUAAAGCCUUCCCGUUUCUUCUGGGCUCCCCUGCAACCUUACAAUUCCUAUAUGUAUUCUUGUAUUGUAUUAUAUUUUGCCUAAAUAAAAAUGAACUGAUCUGAACUGAACGCCUUGCUAAAGUUUGAAAUCUCGGCAACGCAAAACUGCAAACGCGUAACUGUGGUUUGUGGUUUGCGGUUUGCGGUUUACCUGAUGCUAAAGGUCUCUAAUAUCUUGACCAGCAGUCGAGCUGAAAAAAGUUCCAAGUGUCACAAAACAUGCUCUCGUCUUCUGAGCCCAGAGUAAACCAAACGCUAUACUUAAGAUCUAUAAAGCAUUUCAGGAUCGCUUGACUUUUCUUAAUCGACAUAUGAUAAUUUAGAUUAGCUGGGAUUUUUCAAUUUUGUGAAAUUUACUGAGAAUAUAGAACUGCCGGUCAUCUAGUGUUUUGAAAACUUUGACCAGUUACUGGCCAUGUAGCCACAGCAUAAAAAUAUUUGAUCACAUGACCCAUAAAUCAUUAUGCGCCGAUCAAUUCGCCAGGUAAUCCUCCAGCUAGACCUGUUCAAAUUCCUGUCUCAUCAAUUGGGCGAAGGUAGUGGUACGUAAGGGAAAGAUUUAACGACACUUGAAAAAUUUCAGACUUUACAAGGAAAAUUUACAGGUUACCUAAUUUUAAUAUGCUCUUUCAGCUCGUGCUAACAAAAUUUUCCAAAAGCGAACUGUUUUCAUGUUUACCGAAAGUUGGUCACGUGAUCAAGUAAUGCAAUAGGCCUAUUGUGUGCGUGAAUCAUCUUGCUGAAAAGAAUAGACUGUAUUUAACAAUACAAAAAAUUUAUAUUACAAUCAAUGGGUUAUUCCAGAAAAAAUCCACACCCCCACAAUGGAAGGCAUGCUGAAAAAUUCUCACAGGAGGGGGGGUUAACAGCUCUGGAAAUUCAGACGGGAGGGGGUCUUUGAACGUAAAGAUACAUCCUCAGGGGUUACUUUCAAUUUUAUUGAUGUUUCAAUUGCUUCAAUUGAUAAAAAAAAAUUGCUUUGCGUUUUCCAAUUUUAUUAUUCUUUCAAACUACAGACCUCUUAACACAUUUAUUUUAAGUUUCCAUCCAUAGGCUCACCUUUGUUACUUUUGUCUGCUUUUGUAGAAGCGACGUGUGAUAACUUGAAGAUAUCAAGAAAAAUCACAUAAUUCAUAAAAAAGCGCUCAAUUCAAGUAAAGCAAACAAUGAUUUUUACCUUGAAUUAAGCAUUUUUCCAAGGUCAAUGCUAUUUCAGGGUGAUUUACCACUAAACACGCCUUACAAGUACGUAAGCAUGGUUGUUCGUGAUUGUUCGGUGGCCAUUUUAAAAGGCAAGUGGUGUAGCUAGCGGUAUAGCGCGUUAUGUAAUAUCCCACUUAGUGUCCUCUUUCUUCUUUCACAGUCAUUUUUUUCACGUAUCGACAAAGAAGAGAACCUUUUAUUCAAGUACAUAGUUAGUUUUGAGCAUAUAUUGCUGUGUAUUUUGCCUGGCCUAGGAAAAAAGAGACGUUCAUUCAAUUGUGAGCUUAUUUGCCAAAAAGUGUAAGCCUAUUUAAGAAGAUGUGAAAAUGUAAUCUUAACUUUCACAACAAACACAGAAUUUACAAAAAUUGAGACUUAUUUGAUAAAAAGAUCAUCUAACUGCCUAAAACAAUUUAUUCUUCUACAUUAAGUGUAAAUUAAAAUUAUGGUGUCUAACAAUUUCAUGGAAAUCCAGAUGGGUGGGGGGGUCUUUGAACUUGGAAAUCCUGAGGAGGGAAAUUUAGGUGGAAGGGGUGGGGGGGGGGGGUCAAAAAGCCAUGCCUUUUGUUGGGGGGGUUAGGAUUUUUUCUGGAAUAAGCCAGUAUAUAACAUCUAAUCACAUGUAUUUUUUCUUUUCUAGUGUCCUUAUAAUAAUGUUCAUGGCUCAAUCAGGUGCACGCAUGCCCAUAAAGAUAAAUAACAGAUUGUAAGGUAAAAGUAAAAAGAGUAUGUGCAUAUAACUUUUUUUUACAUAAUGUAAUUCUUCCUGUUCUGAAUUUCUCUUUAUGAAAUCGCAAGUCGAUAUUUUAAAAGUACCGCAAAAUUCUGAAAACAAGCCCCGGGGCUUAUGUUUUUCAAAGGCCCUUUUUGAGGGGCUUAUAUUUGGCGGGGCCGCCCCUCCAAAUAUGGAGGGAAAUUUGCAUUUCAAAUCGAUUGGGCUAGCCUUAUAGUUGGAAGGAAAUUUACCAUUUUUGCUUUGUUCUACUUUGUAUUUGAGGGCAAUUUCCAAGUACCUGCCCCCGGGGAGAGCUUAUAUUUGGAGGGGCAAUUUAAUGGCGGGUUUUUUGCAUUACGAGUUUGGGGAGCUUAUAUUUGCAGGGGCUUAUUUUCGGAAUUUUACGGUAUGCUGGUUUUAUAGUAGUUGAAUGUUUGAUCUGUACAAAUGUGUUUACAUCAAUGCACAUUAUAUUUAAAAAAAAUGUCAAGUAGUUCUGCUGGGGCGCUGCAGGGCUUGUAUAGAGUCAACAUUUUUUCACCAUUUCAAUUUUAUGAGCCUUAUUAAAUUGUAAACUACAAAAACAAUGUGUAAUAUGUGAAACUUCAAUCCGUCUGUCUUUAUUGGCUGAAUCACCUCAUAGACAAAAUUAAUAAUAUAAUGAUAAUGGACAGAGUCGGCCAUUUUGUGAGUCACAUAACAGGAGAAAAGAUGCUAAAACUCAGAACCAAAAAAUUACAAUCUGUUUACACUGUAUAUUAAAUAUAUUUAUAUAAUUACCACAGGCUUAAAUUAGGACAAUCAUUAAAGCAAACUGUGUCAAUAUAUUUUAGCAUGAUAUGGUAGUACUAGAAUAAUGCUCGGAUUUCUAACUUAUGAGACUAGACUGCCAAUUUAUACAUGGUCAUUUGAGCCACCCAAAAGUCUAGCUAUUUGCAGGGCAAAGGCAGUACAUGUACUGUACCUUCAUUUCUUAGUUAUUUCGAGACCCUGAUUAUUGGUCCAGUUCUGGAGAUUGAACCCAUGACCUCCCAUUCUGCAGUCGAGCACUCUGCUGAUUGAGGUUAAGUCCUGUGGUAGUUGUGGUUAACAAGGCCCUUCCUCUUAAAAGACAUUUUUAAAAAUUGAGCCUGUCAUCAGUGCCUUAUUUCUUUUAUAUUAGCCCACGUAAUGAUCAUUCCCCUGGCUUUAAACUUUCACAUUCUCUAUCUCCCCAAUCUAAUGCAGCAUGCAGGAAGACACUUAGGAAGCAACAUUUAUCACGUCCCAGUUGAGGGGAAGGAGGGGGUUGGAGAGGGCAAAGGGGUAUGAUUUUCAAAAAGGUUAAUUUGGGGGAGGGGGGGGCAGGGGUCAAUUUUGAAAAUGCAAAAAAUGAGAGGGGGUUGAAAUUGUAAGAUACAAGACUUACAUGUAACAUUCUCUGUAAAAGUUGUCAACAAACUAUAUUAUCAUUGAAGCAAAUCCACGUUUCCUUCAAGAGUACUGACUGCAUAAAAAUAUUCACUCGAAGGGUUCCUUGCCAGCAGCAAAAUUGUACAUCUUUAGAAUUAUUGAGCCCACUUUACUGUAUUAUGCAAAAAAACCUGUGGGGCUACCCCUCAUGCAUCUGCCAGUAGCCAUCAUAUUGACUGCUAUGUAACCAAGCUUGGCCUAGGACCCUAUAAACUAUUUCUAAACAAGUAUCUGCUAAUAAAUUUUUGCUUAUGAAGUCAAUGCAGCCUAUUGGAAAGAAAGGAGAGACAAACAGAUUAUCUUAAAACGUGGUCUAGGAGGGGUUUAGGGGAGGGGCUGCAAUUUUCAUAGGAAAUUAUUUGGGGGGGGGGUUAGUUUUGAUGAUACACUACAAACCUCCCCAAACGUGGAGAUUUCAAAAACAUUGGUCAAAUGAAACCAAAAAGUAAAAGGCAGAAUAUUCUGUCAUAGUAUUCUUUUCCCUAAUUGUUUUACGAUAUUUGCAAUGGCUGCUCCAGCUGCUGAUUUUUUUUUUCUUCUGAAGCUGGGAGGCCCUGAAGUCUCUAAGUUAGUUUGAGAUUUUGUUUCACUAAUCCACGUUGAUAGGACAUUUGAAUUUGCUAUAAGGCUUAGCUAAUCCUAUGUUUCAAGGGAAUGAGAUUGGAACAAUUGGACCCUGAGUUUUUCCUCUGAAAAUUAGAUUGAUACAAUUUAUAUAGCUAUUUUGAAGACGGAUGUUUUGAAAUUACGUGACUCCUACCAGAAUUUUCUGGCAACUUUAAGAUCUUCUGAUUCACCAUGAGAUUUGAAGGCUAAAUUGUGAGUGCAUUUUUUUUUUUUUUUUUUUUUUCAAACUUUUAUUAAAUACUGCACAGCGUUAAAAUACUAAUGUUACAUGACAUUGCAUGAUAUUACAUUACAAUAAAUUACAAAUACAUUACAUUACAUUACACUAUGAACUUUAACGGUAAAUUAACUAUACAAAAAAGAAAAGUAUGUUCUAAGUACAGACGGCACUAGGGUACAGAGUCCAAACGCAGAGCCCACUUCUUAUUAAAUUUGUCCAUUUUAUUAGUUUUAACACAUAUAUACUUUUCUGUUUCAUACUUAAUUUUAACCUUGGAUGAAAAGGCAGUUAUGACUGGAAGAGUCUGAUUUCUUCUAAAACCUCAUAAGUAUAGUUUAGCGAUCAAUAUCAAAUAAUUCAGUAAAGGGCAAUUUGUAUAUAAUAUUCCUGUAAUAACGUCUUGUAAGGUCAGGCAGAUGAAUUCUCUUGUCAAUGUGUAAUAAUAAUAUUGAAAUUCCUUCCAAAACUGCUUGGUGUGUCUACAUUCGAAAAAGAUGUGGUAAAGGGAUUCCGAAUCCGUUUUGCAUAGUGAACAUUUAUUAUCUUGAAUAUAACCUAUUUUGCAUAACUUUUUAUUGGUAAAUAAAAUUGAAUUAAGGACUUUGUAUUGAAAAGCUUUUAGAUAAGGUUCAAACGCUACCUCAUGUGGAAGAGGGAAUACUUUUUUCAGCUGGUCUUGGGUUAGAUUGAAAUUGUGAGUCCAUGAGUUGACAGCCCAAACCGUGAGUCUCACAGUCAAACCGUGAGAGUUAAAAGGUCUGGGAUAAACUUCAUUGCAAGCUUAAUUUCUCAGACUUGAAAGUUAGCUGAUAAAAGGUUUCCAGAAAAAAAUGCAGGCAUAAAAGGGAAUUAAAAACAAAAUUUAUUUGUUCACAUGGUUUAAAUUGAAGUUUGUUAUUUCAGUCAUGAUUGUGUCUCUGGAUUUUUCUCAUUCAACUGGAAUCUGCCAAUGUUCAUUAAUUUUCAUGACUUUCUCUGGCUUAACUCAAUCAAUUGAAAGCAUUUGGAUGCGCAAUUUAACAUUCUUUGUUGGCAACAUGUUUUGAAUUUUUUUUUUUUGACAAAAUUUGUUUUCCAAAAUUUUAGAAGCCAAAAACAAGACAGUUUAAACAUCACGUGUGCCUCAAAUGGCGAAGUUGGCCAUGUGCCUAAAAGAUUUUAGGCAGUAAAAAUGUCCUUCUUCGGGUUCCAUCCCGCAAAAUGUAUUGGUCAGGCCGGCAAUAUUCUACAUUAUUGUUAAUUUUAUUUUAAGGUGAUUCCAUAGUAAAAGAACCUAACAUAGAUUGUAGCUAAAACUUGGUAGACUGAUGUAACAAGUCAAGAAGAUGAUAAAAAAGUAAUAAAAGAGGGGGUCACCGUGCUCGGUUUGACGUCACAAUGCUGACAAAUUCGGCUAUUUAGGGCCCUUUUACAAAAACAGCGCCAGCCCAAAACUAGACAAAAAGGAGAGAUUUUUUCGAUGAUGCAUGUGGCAUCGCACAGAAUUUGACUUAAAUGUAUUGUUUAUCUACUUACGUACUAGAAAAAUACCUUUUAAUGUCCUUGUUGUUGAGUAUCACCUCGGCAGGAAACAACAGCAAGCAAAAGUUCCAAUAGCGUUUCUCUUCAAUCAACUUCAUUUUAAUAAUAUUACUUCACAUACUCUGUUUUACGGCGGCCAUCUUGUUAGGCGCAGUAAGAGAUGCACAGUGCAAAACUAGGGAAUCACCUUAAAUGCACUCUGCUAGCUGUUUGUGAAUUUCACAUAUUAAGUUAAGGUGAUUCCCUAGUAAAAGAACCUAACAUAGAUUGUAGAUGAAACUUGGUACACUGAUGUAACAAGUCAAGAAGAUGAUAAAAAGGUAAUAAAAAGUGGGGGUCACCGUGCUCGUUUUGACGUCACAAUGCUGACAAAUACGGCUAUUUUGGACCCUUUGACAAAAACCACGCCCAGCCCAAAACUAGACAAAAAGGAAAGAUUUUUUCAAUGAUGCAUGUGGUCUCGCACAGAAUUUGACUUUAAUGUAUUGUUUAUCCACUUACGUACCAGGAAAAUGCCUUUUAAUGCCCUUGUUUUUACUUUACGCUCCAAAGUAGAAUUAAAUUGGACACGCGCUAUUCGACACGUGAUAGCUCAAUCCGUACAAUUUAGUAAAAUUGCCAAAAAACUGAACAUAGAUUUGUGCCAAUUUUUUUCUCACCGAAAGGAAGCACUGUCCUUAUUAAAAUCAUGAAAUAAAAAAUGGGGGUCACCGUACUCGUUUUUGCGGUAGAGCUGCAGAAAGUGCGCACCACAUGCAUUUUCCUUGAUUUUUGAGAGGGGACUGGGGCGAGUUUCAAAAUAGAAUGUAUGCGAAAGGGGAAGAAAGUAUUAAAAAUCUGUUUUUACAGAAUCUACAUCGAGAUAUUACAUUUAGGACACAAUGUGAUAAAGAAAGCGUUUAAAUGAAAAUCAAAGUGAAUAAGCACAAAUUAAACAUCCACUAUCGAGGUUCUCCGUGAGGAAAUCGAACUCAGCAACACACGUACUGCUUACGUUGGGCACAUUUCCAACACAUUGAAUGUCACCUCGGCAAGAAAUAACCGCAAGCAAAAAUUGCAAUAGCGUUUCUCUUCGGUCAACUUCAUUUUAAUAAUGUUACUUCACAUGCUCUUUUUUACGGAGGCCAUCUUGUUAUGCGCAGUAAGAGAUGCGCAGUGCAAAACUAGGGAAUCACCUUAAGACGUACUUGUAUGUUCAUUUAUUCAUAGAGUCACGGUGGGUUCAAUUUCUUCAGGAUGCACAGAUAACCAAAUUGUCUUACCCAUGGUUCUAACCUUUCUGUGUGAAUUCUUUGUUUCUUUCAGAUUACAUGAUCCUUCUUUGUGAUGGAUAAUCUCGUCAAAGUUACAUUGAGGUCUCAGACCAUAUUCAGUGGCUUUCUUUUUUUAUUCUCUGUGAUUUCCUGGUCCACUGUCAUUAAUCAACUUAUAGACUAUGAAGGCAGAGACAGGCUGCAAUUCAACUGUAUGCCGGAAGAAAUUAAAUUCAAAACACAGCGUUGUUAUAACAAUUACACUUCUGCCAUGAGUUCAUACCUAACACCGCUGGGUUUUGCUGGUAUUACCUUUGGUGUGUCAGGAUUUGGCUGGCUGUUUGUUACUCUGCUAGGUGUCGAGAUGUGGCGACGCAUCCGCAAAGAGGCAAAUAUAGAGAGACAAAAAAAGUUGGAGAGACUAUUUUUUUGGGUGUUUAUUUUUCACAUCUGCGGUCAGUUUGUCCUUCUAGUUGUCAUGAUCGGACUGUUCUUGCGUUACCAGAAACUUAAAUAUCCUGCGGAGUAUAGUUGUUUUUCAGCAAACACAACGCUCACAUGCAAUGACUUACGAUACAAAGAGAAAUCAAACCUCAACAUUGCUAUUAUUGUGGUCUUCUCAGUAUCCAUUGUAUUCUGUUUAUUGACCAUAAUUCAUUUAGCAAUAUCAAAGGAUGAACUAUCAAAGCUAUUGCUAGGAAAUAUUGAAGAAGACCAUAAUGGGGAGGAGAACAUACCUUUACAAGGUGAGUUACUACAAUGCUAUCAACAUUAUAUUAGUCCUCAAUGCUGCCUCACUCACUAAAGAGCACCUUCCUUGAAAUUAUUUUGAUCAAGCAAGGGACCUAUUAAACUGUAGUUGUCUUUAUAGUUACCAGUUACCAUUUUUAGCUUAGCUUUUAGUAAGCUUUAGCAUCAAUGAUUGAAAAGAAAAUGUCGAAAUUUUAAAUAACUCCUCUGUCUGAGAAGAAACACAGAGCUUUAUUUGCCUCUGUCAACUCACCAUGAAGGAAAAAGCUUUUUUUUGUCAGUUCUUGCAAAUGCUGUCAACAGCGUCGGGCUACAAUCGAGGUGAGCUUUGUUUAUCUGCAGUGUUCUUUGCCAUGUUAAAUUGCUGGCACGUGCAGUUUUCGAAAUUAUUUGCUUUACUUUUUUUCUCCUUAAAUUUACUUCUACUUCUACUCAAAAUUGGUCUUGUGAUGAAAUCCCGAGUUCACAAAACAGUUAAACAAAGCAGCUUCGUUUUCCUCUGUAGUGGUAAAAACAUUGCUUUGAGCAUAUGAAAGUCAAGUACAGUAAAUCACUUCACAAUAAAUCACGCUGUUUAAACACCAUGGAAGUCUUUUCUGACCUUCAAAAUCAUCGCCACUGGGAUAUUCUUGUAUUUUCAAAAAGUUCUUACUCGACUGAAACUUCAUGGUCGCGAUUUUGUUUUGCUUUAUAUAUAUUCACCGCCUAGUGCUUUGAAUAUCUAAGCAAUGUCCACCCUUUCUAUGGGUUUACCGGUGUGAUAACCCACGCGGGAUGUUGGGAGAACACGAGAAAAGCUUGUAAAUCAUGAGCCGAAGGCAAGUGAUUUCCAAGCUUUUCGAGUGUUCUCCCAACAUCCCGCGUGGGUUAUCACGCCGGUAAACCCAUAGAAAGUGUGGCGUAUUGCUUUCAUAAAAUAACUUUAAGUUUUCUAUGAGUUUACCAGCACAAUAAACUGUAGGUUUUUAACCAAUCAGAAUGCGCAUACUAUCUUAGUUAUUUUAAAUGUCAUAGUCCGAGAUAGCAAACCAAUCAGAUUGCUUGAAUCACGAGAUCACUCAGUGUGUAUAAUUAUACUAAUAAACAGCAACAAUUAAUCUUGAGACUUCCUGCAAAUUGAGGAUAUAUUUAAAUGGGAGGUCUCACUGUCAAUUAUAAUCAAUCAAUCAAUCAAUCAAUCAUAUAUUUAUUUCAAUUCGUUCAUUUUAGAGAAAUAAUAAAUACCAUGGAAUAAAAAUAGAAAUAGUGCAAUUAAAAUACAUGUGAAAUAUUGACAAUAUUAAUUAUACCCACGUAUAAUUAUAUACUUUGAAGUAAACAUUGAUUGUCAUCAACGUUAACUGCAUGUUGUUAAGCUUUGUUAGCAAUUGAAUAAAAAACUAUUUAACUCAGUCACAAAUUUGCAGUCCUUUGAAAGACUGCUUUCACUAAACAAGUCAUGAAAUUUGCCCUUGACGUUUUACCUAUAGAUUAACACAUUUAUAAGAAAUUAUGAUAUUGCAAUUGCUGUUGUUUGGUAACCUGACUGACUUUAUGACAUGCACUAGGUCUACCAGCCUACCUUGCAUAUUCAUUAAAAUGCAAAAAUAACAGUUUGGUACUAAAAAUGUUCUGAUAUCUGCAUAUGUGUUUUUCACUAAUCCCUCUCAACGUCAGAGAACUGAGUGACUUCUAAAUUUUCAGUCUUGUUCAAAUUUAUUCUUGUUAUUGUUACAGAUGUUAUUUCAAAAGAAGAGUCUGCUGACAGAGAUCACUCAAAAACAGCAGGUAAAGAAAUAGGUUAGUCUGUGACCUGAAUCCUUAGUCUGUAAGAGCCCUUGAUGGGCCUUUGUCACACGGCACCCAUUUUGUCCUGAGAAACUGAAGUAGCUUUGUUUCCUGUCUAGCCUUGUUCCUAAGUUUUUCACUGCAAGGUUGAGGGUGGUAAAACAAAGCUUUUUUUCAGUCUCUCAGGACAGUAAUGAAACAUUUGUAAAAAAUCAUCACAUUGCAUAUCUGUUCAAAGAUAAAGUUGUUAAAAUUUUAUGGUAUUUAGUAUCCGACAGUGCCAGGUCCAGACCUGGAGAUAAGGGGGGCCCGGUCAUCCAGACCUUAGAGAGGGGGUGGGGAACGGUCUCCGAAAUCAAUAAUCCCCCUCAACGUCAGCGAACUGAGUGACUUGUAAAUUUUCAGUCUUGUUCAAAUUUAUUCUUGUUACUGUUACAGAUGUUGUUUCAAAACAAGAGUCUGCUGAUAAUGAUCACUCAAAAACAGCAGGUAAAGAAAUAGGUUAUAGUCUGUGA